AUGGGAGAGCCGAUUCAAUCACUCCCAGAGUCGGAGCAUGAGCGACGUGCUCUGGCACGAACACUGCUCAUUGAGCUUCUGGCCUACCAAUUUGCCUUUCCGGUUCAAUGGAUUGAUACACAGAAACAGUUCUUCACACGGGAUGAGGCCGUGGAGCGAUACGUGGAGGUUGGCCCAGCCAAGGUGUUAUCCACCAUGGGCAAGAAGACGGUUGCCCGCAAUCACCAGCUGCAGGACCAGCUGCGUCUGAUUCGCCGACAGUUCCUCUCCCAUAGUGAUGAUUACGCCCAGAUAUGCUAUGAAUAUGAGGAGUCACAACCAGUAGCCACCACAGAGGCUCAACCUGCCCCUGCUGCCCCAGCACCGGUUUCCGUGGCCGCUGCUGCCCCCGUCGCUCCUGUAGCUGCUGCUCCAGUCGCAGCGGCAGUCGCAGUUGAUGAUGUGCCAGUAUCUGCACUGGAUAUUGUGCUGGCCCUGACUGCCCAGAAGCUGAAGCAGCCAUUUGACCAGGUGCCCCUACAGAAAUGCAUUCGGGACCUGUCUGGAGGUAAAUCUACGCUACAGAACGAACUCAUUGGCGACCUUGUGGCCGAAUUUGGUGGUACACCUGACGGCUGCGAAGAUCUUCCCCUCGAAGCUGUUGGGGCAGCCCUCGACGGUAGCUUCACCGGCCGUCCUGGCAAAGUCAUGUCUGCACUCAUCGCCCGCUUAAUCUCGGCCAGAUUCCCAGCUGGAUGGAACCAGAACAGUAUCCGCAGUCACCUUGAGACACACUGGGGGCUAGGAUCACAGCGCCAGACAGCUGUGCUCUGCUAUUCCGUCAGCCUCGACCCCUCUGCCCGGCUGGAGAGCCCCCAAGCAGCCAAAGAAUUCGUUGACAGUGUCGUGGCCCGGUACGGACGUCAUUGUGGCAUUACUAUUAGCCCAGCUGCAGCAUCUGCUGGCGGAGGUGCUGCCGCUGGUGGUGCCAUGAUAGACUCCAAGGAGCUGGAACGGCUGCGCACGGAAUAG